CCCGGGGCCCAGGCUCCUCUCCCCGCACCGCCAGUAGGUGGCCGGGGCAGGUCACAUGACCCCCCCCAGUUGCUACCGCAGAAGCAGAAGCGGGGAGCCUCGGAGAGUCCCAGCCACCGACCGGCCCGGCAGCGGCAACGGGGGAGGCACCGGCACCGGCACCGGCACCGGCACCCUUGGCUCCGCCGCCGUGUCCAGCGCAGGGCACCGGCCGGGAGGCUCCCGGGGCUGCAGCUCCCCGCGCCCAGCACAUCAGGAACGUAUCAGUUUGAUGAAAUUUGAUUUUAAAAAAUGUCCAGGAAGAGCACAGACUAUGGAGUGCUGCCGGAGUAUGAGAAGAGCCAGAUCAAAAGGGCUCUGGAGCUGGGAACAGUUAUGACAGUGUUCAGUCUCAAGAAGUUUACUCCAGAAAGGAGAACUAUCCAAGUCAUAAUGGAAACCAGGCAGGUGGCCUGGAGCAAGACAGCUGACAAGAUUGAAGGUUUCUUGGAUCUGAGGGAAAUAAAGGAAAUUCGCCCUGGGAAAAAUGCAAAGGAUUUUGAGCGCGGGAAAGCAACACAGCAUAAAGAGCAUUGCUUCACUAUUUUUUACGGUACCCAGUUUGUUCUCAACACCUUAAGCUUAGCAGCUGAUUCCAAAGAUGAUGCUGAUAAAUGGCUGUGUGGCUUGAAUAUCUUGCAUCAAGAGGUUAUGAAUGCUUCCACACCUGCAAUCACAGAGAGCUGGCUGAGAAAGCAGAUCUACUCUGUUGACCAGACUAGAAGGAACAGUAUCAGCCUUAGAGAACUGAAGACCAUACUUCCCUUAGUAAACUUCAAAGUAGGCAGCGUGAAAUACUUGAAGGAUAAAUUUGCGGAAAUAGGAGCUCCCAAGGAAGAACUUAGCUUCGAACAAUUUCACGUGUUCUACAAGAAAAUUAUGUUUGAACAGCAGAAAUCGAUUCUUGAUGAAUUCAAAAAGGAUUCUUCCGUGUUCAUUCUUGGAAAUACUGACCGUCCAGAUGCUUCCGCAGUUCAUUUGCAUGACUUCCAGAGAUUUUUGCUACACGAGCAGCAGGAAUCUUGGGCACAGGAUCUCAGUAAAGUCCGAGAACGAAUGACAAAGUUUAUAGAUGACACUAUGAGAGAAACUACUGAGCCCUUCCUCUUUGUAGAUGAGUUUCUCACUUACCUUUUCUCAAAAGAAAACAGUAUUUGGGAUGAUAAAUAUGAUGCAGUAGAUGCUCAGGAUAUGAAUAACCCUUUGUCCCACUACUGGAUUUCUUCCUCUCACAACACAUACCUCACAGGAGACCAGCUUCGAAGUGAAUCUUCCACAGAAGCUUAUAUCAGGUGCCUUCGAAUGGGAUGUCGAUGUAUUGAGUUGGAUUGCUGGGAUGGUCCCGACGGGAAGCCGAUCAUUUAUCACGGAUGGACACGGACAACAAAAAUCAAAUUCGAUGAUGUGGUGCAGGCAAUCAAGGAUCAUGCAUUUGUCACAUCUGAGUUCCCAGUGAUCCUGUCGAUUGAAGAGCACUGCAGUGUGGAACAGCAGCGCCACAUGGCCAAAGUAUUCAAGGAGGUGUUUGGGAAUCAACUCCUAAUGAAGCCAAUCGAAGUCAGUGCAGAUCAGCUGCCGUCGCCAACCCAGCUGAAAGAAAAAUUCGUCAUCAAGCAUAAAAAAUUGGGACCAAAGGGAGACAUAGAUACGAACCCAGAAGACAAGAAAGAGGAGAAAAAGCAACAAGGAGAACUCUACAUGUGGGAUACGAUAGAACAGACAUGGACUCGGCACUAUUGUGCUAUAGCAGAUGAAAAGCUCUCGUUCAGUGAUGAUAUAGAACAGAACGCUGAUGACGAUUCGUCAAAGGAGGUGAAACAUACUGAGCUGCACUGCAGCGAGAAAUGGUUCCAUGGGAAAAUGAAAGAGGGGAGAACAACUGCUGAGAGGCUGAUCCAGGAAUAUUGUGCUGAAAUGGGUGGCAAGGAUGGAACAUUCCUAGUUAGGGAAAGCGAAACUUUCCCUAAUGAUUACACCCUGUCAUUCUGGAGGUCAGGUAGGGUCCAGCAUUGCCGUAUCCGUUCUAAUAGUGAAGGAGAUACCAUGAAAUAUUACCUGACCGACAACCUCACCUUUGAUAGUAUUUAUGAUCUCGUUCAACACUACAAGGAAGCCCACUUGCGAUGUGCCGAGUUUGAGCUGCGUCUGACUGAUGCUGUGCCUAACCCCAAACCUCAUGAAACUAAAGACUGGUACUACCGUAACCUGAGUCGAGGAGAAGCAGAAGACAUGUUGAUGCGAAUUCCUCGAGAUGGAGCGUUUCUGAUUAGAAAGAGAGAUGAGCCCGAUUCAUUUGCCAUGACAUUCAGAGCUGAGGGGAAAGUGAAGCACUUCAGAAUUCAACAAGAAGGCCGCCUCUUUGUGCUGGGCACCUCUGCCUAUUUUGAAAGCUUAGUUGAACUGGUGACCUACUACGAAAAGCACACGCUGUACAGGAAAAUGAAACUGCGUUACCCUGUGACUGAGGAACUGCUAGAGCGCUACAGCACGGAGAAAGAUAUUAAUGCGCUCUAUGAUGUCAAGAUGUAUGUGGAGCCUAAUGAAAUAACCCCAUCAGUGCCUCAGAGAACAGUGAAAGCCAUAUAUGACUAUAAAGCUAAGAGAAGUGAUGAACUGAGCUUCUGCAGAGGGGCCCUAAUUCAUAACGUCACAAAGGAAUCAGGAGGCUGGUGGCAAGGAGACUAUGGAGAAAAAGUCCAACACUAUUUUCCAUCUAAUUACGUUGAAGACAUGUCAGCUGAUAACUUAGCAGACCUUGAAAGCCAGAUUAUUGAGGACAACCCCUUAGGAUCUCUGUGUCGUGGCAUACUGGUCCUCAAUGCAUACAAUGUCGUGAAAAUGCCGCAAGGGAAGUAUGGCAAGGCUUUUGUCUUCGUACUGGAACCCAAGAAUCCAGAAGACCCUCCGGUUGAAUUUGCAACAGAUACGGUGGAAGAGCUGUUUGAAUGGUUCCAAGGCAUCAGGGAAAUCACACGGAAAACUGCAGAAGAGGAGACUAGGAGGAAGUACUGGGAAAAGAAUCAAUUAAUUGCCAUUGAAUUAUCUGACUUGGUAAUCUACUGCAAACCUACAAGCAAAUCCAAGGACAAUUUAGAAAAUCCUGAUUUCAGAGAAGUCCGUUCUUUUGUGGAAAACAAAGCUGAAAGUGUUGUCAGGCAGAAGCCUGGUGAGCUGUUGAAAUACAACCAAAAGGGACUGACGCGGGUCUACCCUAAAGGACAGAGGGUUGACUCAUCUAACUAUGACCCAUUUCGCCUCUGGUUUUGUGGCGCCCAGAUGGUGUCUCUUAAUUUCCAGACCCCAGAUAAAUACAUGCAAAUAAACCAUGCCUUGUUUUCACUUAAUGGACGGACUGGAUACAUUCUGCAGCCAGAAAGCAUGCGAAAUGAGGACUAUGACCCAAUGCCAAGUGAAUCAAAGAGGAAACUGCAGAUGCUUUUGACAGUGAGGGUUUUAGGUGCUCGCCAUCUGCCUAAACCCGGCAGAAGCAUUGCCUGUCCAUUUGUAGAGGUGGAGAUUUGUGGGGCCGAAUGUGAUAAUAGCAAGUUCAAGACAACAGUUGUGAAUGACAAUGGCCUUAACCCAGUUUGGGUACCCUGUCCAGAGCAAGUGAAGUUUGAAAUUUAUGAUCCUAACCUAGCGUUUCUGCGCUUCGUUGUUUACGAGGAGGAUAUGUUCAGUGACCCCAACUUCUUAGCACAUGCCACUUUUCCCAUCAAAGGAAUCAAAUCAGGUUUUAGGUCAGUACCUCUCAAAAAUGGUUACAGUGAAGAUACAGAGCUGGCUUCCCUUCUGGUUUUCUGUGAAAUGCAGCAAGUUCUGGAAAGCGAAGAGGCGCUUUAUUCAUCAUGUCGGCAGCUUCGGAAGCGCCAGGCAGAGCUGAACAACCAGCUCUUCCUGUAUGACACCCACCAGAACUUAAGGAACCCUAACAGAGAUGCCUUACUAAAAGAAUUCAGUGUGAAUGAGAACCAAUUACAAAUGUAUCAAGAGACAUGCAGCAGGAGAUUAAAGGAGAAGAAAGUCAGUAACAGCAAAUUCUACUCCUAGAGAAGCUAUUCCUUUUGGUGCACCUUUUAGAAAGCCACUCAGGAAGAGACAUUAAUUUACCCUGAUCGUCAUACUCAAUGAAGGUCUCAUCAGGCUGAAUUUACUAAGAAGAAAGAUGGGUUUCCUUAAUUUUUCUUGUAGGAGGAACUAUUUUCAUUGUUGUUUAAUUUAUCUUCUGUACAAAGCAUACACACAGUGCAGGCUAGAUUUUCUGCAUAUUCGAGUCAUUAUUUGCAUCCAGUAUCACAAACCUUAGAGUAAGAAGGAAACUAAGGGUCAGCUUUUCACAGCUACAGGGUGUGCAGACAACUUGCAUGCAUUUGUGCAGAGCUAACUUACCCUUACGAAUACCCAAAGUACAAGUACAAAUCAUCUACAGUAUUUGUGUGCACAGGACACAAGUUAGGCAUUCACAACCAUUUGCACACACACAACAUUAAUAAUCUGACUCCUUAUGAUUGACAGAUAAUGGGUUUAAUUUAUUAAAUGCUGUAAAAGCACUUUUACAAUAUGAUUGUGACAUCAGAUACAGCAGAUUGUAUCCCCCACACAUAAAAUAUUCUGGGCAAUGGAUGGUUAUGCUGUAUUUUCUUCUGAUAGAUGUUUCUUGUUACAUUUUUUAAUGCCAGUGAAUGAGUUAAUUUUCUAAAACUAAAUGUACUCCAAGAUUGUAGAUGGGUUAUUUGUUGGAUUCUGUGAAAAGCUUUAAAAAAAAAAGAGAGAGAAAUACGACAUUAUUUUGUGUCACGUAAAUCAGCUCCGUCAAGGCAGUGCAAGAAAAUAUUUUUUAUACAUAAGGUAGGAGCGAGAAAGGAAAGGUAUUUUAAACUCCAGUUGGAUAAUUUACUUUGGUGUAACAUCGUUUCUCACAUCCUUCCAGCUGCUAAUCUGCAUACAAAUGAAUUGUUUGAAAACUGUCCAUCUGUAGUCUUGCAGACCUUCUUACAAGAUAAUGUCAAUCAGUGCUGUUUGGUUUUUUUAAUGUUGUCUGUUUACCCAAAAUAUAUUUAAUCCAUAACAUAACUGUGCAGAAAUACAGAUAGAUACAUUAUCCUUAUGGCUUCAGUCACUAGUAGGAACAUACAAGUUAUAGAUGGAAAAAAACCUAUGAGAUCAGCAAGUUUGUUUCUCUGCAAGAGCAUAGAAUCAUAGAAUAUCAGGGUUGGAAGGGAUCUCAGGAGGUCAUUUAGUCAAACCCCCUGCUCAAAGCAGGACCAGUCCCCAACUAAAUCAUCCCAGCCAGGGCUUUGUCAAGCCUGACCUUAAAAACUUCUAAGGAAGGAGAUUCCACCACUGCCCUAGGUAAUGCAUGCCAGUGUUUCACCACCCUCCUAGUGAAAAAGUUUUUCCUAAUAUCCAACCUAAACCUCCCCCACUGCAACUUGAGACCAUUACUUCUCGUUCUGUCAUCUGCUACCACUGAGAACAGUCGAGAUCCAUCCUCUUUGAAACCCCCUCAUUCUUCUCUUCCGCAGACUAAACAAUCCCAGUUCCCUCAGCCUCUCCUCAUAAGUCAUGUGUUCCAGUCCCCUAAUCAUUUUUGUUGCCCCCUGCUGGACAUUUUCCAAUUUUUCCACAUCCUUCUUGUAGUGUGGGGCCCAAAACUGGACAUAGUACUCCAGAUGAGGCCACACCAAUGUCGAAUAGAGCGGAACAAUCACGUCCCUCGAUCUGCUGGCAAUGCCCCUACUUAUACAGCCCAAAAUGCCAUUGGCCUUCUUGGCAACAAGGGCACACUGUUGACUCAUAUCCAGCUUCUCCUCCACUGUAACCCCUAGGUCCUUUUCUGCAGAACUGCUGCCCAGCCAUUUGGUCCCUAGUCUGUAGCAGUGCAUGGGAUUCUUCCGUACUAAGUGCAGGACUCCGCACUUGUUCUUAUUGAACCACGUCAGAUUUCUUUUGGCCCAAUCCUCUAAUUUGUCUAGGUCCCUCUGUAUCCUAUCCCUCCCCUCCAGCGUAUCUACCUCUCCUCCCAGUUUAGUGUCAUCUGCAAACUUGCUGAGGGUACAAUCCACACCCUCCUCCAGAUCAUUUAUGAAGAUAUUGAACAAAACUGGCCCGAGGACCGACUCUUGGGGCACUCCACUUGAUAGCGGCUGCCAACUAGAUAUGGAGCCAUUGAUCACUACCCGUUGAGCCCGACGAUCCAGCCAACUUUCUAUCCACCUUAUAGUCCGAACAUCCAGCCCAUACUUCUUUAACUUGCUGGCAAGAAUACUGUGGGAGACUGUGUCAAAAGCUUUGCUAAAGUCAAGGAACAACACGUCCACUGCUUUCCUCUCAUCCACAGAGCCAGUUAUCUCGUCAUAGAAAUCAGUUAGGUUAAUCAGGCAUGACUUGCCCUUGGUGAAUCCAUGCUGACUGUUCCUGAUCACUUUCCUCUCCUCUAAGUGCUUCAGAAUUGAUUCCUUGAGGACCUGCUCCAUGAUUUUUCCGGGGACUCAGGUGAGGCUGACUGGCCUGUGGUUCCCAGGAUCCUCCUUCUUCCCUUUUUUAAAGAUGGGCACUACAUUAGCCUUUUUCCAGUCAUCCGGGACUUCCCCUGAUCGCCAUGAGUUUUCAAAGAUAAUGGCCAAUGGCUCUGCAAUCACAUCCGUCAACUCCUUUAGCACUCUCGGAUGCAGCGCAUCCGGCCCCAUGGACUUGUGCGCGUCCAGCUUUUCUAAAUAGUCCUGAACCACUUCUUUCUCCACAGAGUGCUGGUCACCUCCUCCCUAUGCUAUGCUGUGCUGUGCUGCCCAGUGCAGUAGUCUGGGACCUGACCUUGUUCGUGAAGACAGAGGCAAAAAAAGCAUUGAGUACAUUAGCUUUUUCCACAUCCUCUGUCACUAGGUUGCCUCUCUCAUUCAGUAAGGGGCCCACAUUUUCCUUGACUUUCUUCUUGUUGCUAACAUACCUGAAGAAACCCUUCUUUUUACUCUUAACAUCUCUUGCUAGCUGCAACUCCAGGUGUGAUUUGGCCUUCCUGAUUUCACUCCUGCAUGCCUGAGCAAUAUUUUUAUACUCUUCCCUGGUUAUUUGUCCAAUCUUCCACUUCUUGUAAGCUUCUUUUUUGUGUUUUAAGAUCAGCAAGGAUUUCACUGAUAAGCCAAGCUGGUCGCCUGCCAUAUUUACUAUUCUUUCUACGCAUCGCGAUGGUUUGUCCCUGUAACCUCAAUAAGGAUUCUUUAAAAUACAGCCAGCUCUCCUGGACUCCUUCCCCGUCAUGUUAUUCUCCCAGGGGAUCCUGCCCAUCAGUUCCUGAGGGAGUCGAAGUCCGCUUUUCUGAAGUCCAGGGUGCGUAUUCUGCUCCUCUCCUUUCUUCCCUAUGUCAGGAUCCUGAACUCGACCAUCUCAUGGUCACUGCCUCCCAGGUUCCCAUCCACUUUUGCUUCCCCUACUAAUUCUUCCCGGUUUGUGAGCAGCAGGUCAAGAAGAGCUCUGCCCCUAGUUGGUUCCUCCAACACUUGCACCAGGAAAUUGUCCCCUACACUUUCCAAAAACUUCCUGGAUUGUUUGUGCAUCACUGUAUUGCUCUCCCAGCAAAUAUCAGGGUGAUUGAAGUCUCCCAUGAGAACCAGGGCCUGUGAUCUAAUGACUUCCGUGAGUUGCCGGAAGAAAGCCUCAUCUACCUCGUCCCCCUGGUCCGGUGGUCUAUAGCAGACUCCCACCACGACAUCACCCUUGUUGCUCACACUUCUAAACUUAAUCCAGAGACUCUCAGGUUUUUCUGCAUUCAUACUUGAGCUCUGAGCAGUCAUACUGCUCCCUUACAUACAAUGCAACUCCCCCACCUUUUCUACCCUGCCUGUCCUUCCUGAACAGUUUAUAUCCAUCCAUGACAGUACUCCAGUUAUGUGAGUUAUCCUACCAAGACUCUGUUGUUCCAAUCACAUCAUAAUUCCUUGACUGUGCCAGGACUUCCAGUUCUCCCUGCUUGUUUCCCAGGCUUCUUGCAUUUGUGUAUAGGCACUUGAGAUAACUCGCUGAUCGUCCCUCUUUCUCAGUAUGAGGCAGGAGCCCUCCCCUCUCACGCGCUCCUGCUCGUGCUUCUUCCCGGUAUCCCACUUCCCCACUUACCUCAGGGCUUUGGUCUCCUUCCCCCGGUGAACCUCGUUUAAAGCCCUCCUCACUAGGUUAGCCAGCCUGCUUGCGAAGAUGCUCUUCCCUCUCUUCAUUAGGUGGAGCCCGCCUCUGCCUAGCACUCCUCCUUCUUGGAACACCAUCCCACCAGCAGAAGCGUUUGGAUGAUGUAUCAGAUACCAAACAUCUUAAUAUUUGUAUGCAUUGAUUCUUCAUGUUAGCAGCACAUUACUCAUUAAUAAGAAAUGACUAGUCACAGUAUGCAUAUGUGGGUGGAGUUUUGCAAUCUGUAUGUUUGAAUGUACAUUUCAGGUAAGUGCAGAAGAGCUUCUUUUCUUCUGUCUAAGUAAUUGCCCAAGGCUUAAAGUGACACACAGGUAAUGUUGGAUCUCUCACCACUGAAAGCGUGUUUGCGUUUGGAAUUCAUUGCACAGUGAACUGCCUCAGCGAUUUUCAGUUUCCCUUGCUCCCCAUGCCACCACUUCUGCUGAUCUGCUGUCUCAAAAUUCAUUUAAUUGAUUCCACUAUGCAUUCACAGCUGAUAUUUCAAGGAGCACCCUUGAGGUUUCAGUUAUUCCAGAAAGACAGUCUUGUCUUAUUUAACUUCAUAUGAAAGUGCUAUAGCAGAGAGUCAGGAAAUACUAGGGUUGGGUUUUGAAUUUCCCUCUGCAUACAAACUCCCUGAAGAUGCAGGCUUCUCUUGUACAUUUUUUGGAAAUUAAAUACCAGGUACCAAAUCCAAAAGAUAAGAGAGGAGUAGCACGUUAAAGUACGUUUACUCUUCUCCUUCCUGAUAAGUCGAAAAACUAUUCUGUCCCCAAAUGAAGUUGGGAUGCACAGCUUGGGACUUAAAGGAAAAGAACUUUUUGCAUGUGGAUUCAGAUUUCUUCCCCAUCCUGCUUCCUGCCAAAUCACCACCACAGACCAUAUUGCCUAGGGGCUGCCCUGGGGGAGUUUGCUACGAUGCCAGGCAGCCAAUUAACAGGCAGGUCGGGAAAGCGAAAAUUCCAGAAAUCCUUGCAUGCUAGACCACUAGGUGCCCCAAAAGUUUGUUCUUACAGGAAAUCCACCUCCCUUUAAAAAAAAAAAUAGACACUUUGAACAGCUCCUCGAGCCAUAUGUAAGAUUAACACCCUGACAAUGCUGUGUUCUCAUUUCUCAGUGAAGUAUUUUGGAUAUAGUGUUAUGACUGCUAGAGCCCCGAGGUGAGAGAUUCUCCUUGGACAAGAUCCCAAUAAUUUUCUGCCAAAAAUUCAAAACUAAAUAAAAACAUCAGCUGUGGCUUCUGGACAUAAAUUGUCCACAUGGCAUAAUUGUCCUGGCUUCUCUCAUUGUUAUAAGCAUUGCUGCCACAGAGCAGCAUAUGUAUGAUGAAUCAUAUUGCCCUCUACUACUGCUGUGUAAAUGUUUAUGAAUUAGCACAUUGCACCACACUUCAAAGAUUCUCUGCACAUGUGCUAUGUUAAACUGGUUGUGAGAAGAGCCCUUAAAUGUAUGUUUAAGUUCAACUCAUUUUACAGUAAGCUACUUUUCCAGAAUCACUCUUCCCAAAUAUUGUACUGUACCUGGAAGGAAAAGGGUUGAAUUACCAAUUUUGCAGGCAUUCAAGGCCUUGUCAAAAUUGAGCAAUAGUUCUUUCUAUCCUAAUUUCUUGUGUUCUAUGUUAGAACACAUUUACCCAAAAGCCUCUGGAUACUUUGCUAGGGUAAACUCCAUGUCAAUUCUCUCAUGGCUUUGAGGCUGUUAUGAUUCUGUUGAUAUUGAUGUAUGUCAGAUGUUAUUCACCCUAGAGGUGAAGUCUUACCAAGACAAAACUGAAGGCUGUAUCUACUUGGAAGGACAGUAAUCCUGAUGUUCACCAGACAUUAAAUUAGGGAACAAAUUUCUGCAUAUGCAAUUUCCUUAAUUACACAGGCAAAUGCCCUUUGCAUGAGCGCCCAGUUACCUGCUCAUGUGGUAAAUUUUGUGUCACUUGGGGUCCUUCAAUCAAGGCUGGAAGUCUUUCUAACAGAUCAGUUCUAGUUCAGCUACAUGCUACUUUGUGUGAUGCAGGUGAAAUGUGUAGCCGGGGUCACGCAGGAGGUCAAACUAGAUGAUCUUAAUGGCCUCUGCUGGCCUUUAAAUCUAUGAAUAUGUGUAUGUGCCAAAUUAGAGGCCAAGUUGAGGCUGACUGAAAAUUUGCAUCUGUGGCUUGUUACAUACAUUCUGAAUGUUUUCCUCAGACACAUCUGGAAAUUUCUCCAUUUUGGCCAUGAUUCUAUUUUUUUAAUAUUGCAGUUUCUUUUAACUAACAUUCCAAAUGAGAGAUGAAUUCAGAGGUUCAGAAAAGAUCAUUAUUGAAUACUCUGGAACCAAUCAAGAGGCAGUGGUCUGACUGACUGUAGUAUGAGUUGAGGGGAAAUAUUUAUUGACCUCAGCUGAUUGAGUUAGGAUGUAGUUAUUUCCAUGUGUGAUCUCACUGGUUGACUUAGUUCCAGGCCAGAAUAUUGUUUACCUCCUCAGAAAUAGUAGAAAUUUACUGAUUCUCAUCACAUGACUAUUUUAGCCCAUCAGGAGCCAAGAUUUUCUUCUCCUAUGUAACAGCAGUGUUUAUGGGCAUGUCUACAAAGCAUCUGGGCCUGAGCUUUCCAGCCCAGGUCUACAGACUCAUGUUGGUGGGGCUCACACUAGCUCUGUACAAAUAGCUGUGUAGAUGCUGCGGCUUGGGCUGGAGCUUGGAGCAACCAUGGCUUGGGCUGGGAAGCUUGCUUUCAGAUUCAGUGUAUACUUCGUCCUUGGAAUCAAACAAACCUCCCAGAGCUACUAAAGAUAAGGAUUUCUGACACGCUUAGAAUAAUGUUCCUUGAGGAUCAUUUCGUAUUGUUAGAUUAAACAAUCCAGUGUAUUGUUGAAAAUGUGGGGACUUUUUCAGUAAUUAGAAAAUAAUGAACAUUUUUGAAGGAAAAUGCAGUUUUGUUUUGUUUUUUAGCAGCAGAGGCUGUAAAAACCCAGUCAGUUCUCUGGGAGCUGGGGUGGAGAUAAUUGAAAUUUAAUUUAUUUUUUUUAAAUAAAUAAGUAUAUAUGUGCA